AUGGCAUCAUCGAACAAUUCAAAACAGUUUCAGUUUAAAAACCGCAAUGCUUAUCCAUUACCACACUUUGACUCAUCUAACAGACCUUUAAAUAAUCAUUUAAUAUCACCAUCACAUUUGUUAUUAUCACAGCGUUCAAAAUCAUUUGAAAGAGAUUUAGAUCAAGACUCUAUUCCAUUUUCUAAAGCAACUUUUGCUUCUAAUCGAAAUGCAUUUUCACCACCACCACCAUCAUCUAUUUCAUCUAUUAAAAAUAAUUUGACGAUAACAGCACAAGAAAAAACACCUGUUGCUACUUUAAGAGUAUUAUUUGACACAAAUGACGUAACAAAGGUAGAGAGAUCAGUUGUACAUGAAAAUAAUCAACGAACAAAAUUGACACAUCGUUCGCCUCCGCCACCACCAACAACAGUCACCUCGAUUAGUAAUUCAAUCAGUCGAACAAGUGCACCAUCAACGAUAACAUCUAUUUCCACUGUUGCAAAAAGUACAAGUAUACAGACACCAUUCAAAACAAUAACAACCCAAACAACAACGAUCUCUCGAAAUAGAAUAUUUUCAUUGGGAUCAAUAACAGGAAACUCAGAAGAGAAUUCAGUAAAAUCAAUAAAUCAACCAACAAUCUCUACCGUGGAACCAAAAGAAGAGAAAAAAAAUGGUUAUGCAUCUGAAAAAUCAUCAGCAUUCGGUUUUUCACGAAGAAUAUCAUUAAAUGGUGGGAAUAAUAACCAUGAUAUUAAAAAACAAUUAUAUGAGAAUAGUGAUAAUAACAACGAACAAUCAUUGCAAUCGAUUACAUCACCUCGUAGAUCAGUUGUUGAUACAGAUAGUGAAGCAGCCAGGUCAUUUACAGAAAUACGUGAGUUUUUUCAAAAACAACAAGAACAGCAGCAGCCACCAGAUCGUUCUUCACUUCUUAAAUCAACCGAUUCAUCUAAUUCUCGUACGAAUUCAUCGUUGUUUUCUAGACGUUUAUCUAAGCCAGAAAUUCCUUCAUUAACAAAUAUUCCAAUACAAAAUAAUGAUUAUCAAAGUAGUAGUACCAAUAACACCACACCUAAUCAUACAUCGUUAAAUUCUCCAAGAUAUGUUGAACAUUCAUCAGAUUCAUCGUUUUCUGAUGAAGAAGAAGAUUUUGACCAGAAACAUAAUGACUCAUCUAACAGUGAUCUAACAGAUAAACUGUGCAAAUGUAUUGAAGAAUUAUGGACAACAGAGAAAACUUAUGUUAAUACUCUAUAUGUUUUAUCAUCUAAAUUACCAGCUGAAGUAAAAAGAUCGUGCGGUACCGAUGAUCAAUUAGUCGUUCAAUUUAAUUCCACCUAUAAACCAUUACUCGGAGCAUUACAAGCUAUUUAUAAACUUCAUUGUGAUACCAUACUUCCAAAAAUAACUUCAUACGUUAAUAAAUCUAAAAUAUCACAAGAAACUGCCAAUAGUAAUGUAUGGUCUGUUUUACGUGAUAAUUCUCAGUUUAUAUCAGUAUUAUACAAAGAUUAUUAUGUACGUAUUAGUGAAUCACAGGCUAAACUAGAUGAUUUGUGCAAAUCACAUUCAAGUCUAAAUGAUGCCAUGUUAAAUGUACAAACAAUGAUGGGUAGUUUAUAUCCAAUGACUCAACUGAACUGUCCAAAUCAACGAUUGCUACGUUACAUAUUAUGUAUGAAAACAUAUAUGAAAUAUUUAGAUAAAAAACCAAAAGAAUAUGAAUUAACAAAGUCGAUUCAUGAUGAAUUAGAUCGUAUUGCAUGUGAUUGUCAAGAAGCUCUCACUGUAUCAUCCGUUGUAUUGAAUGAUUUAAAUGAUCGAUUAGAUAAUAAAUUUGAAUGUUAUAAAGAUCAACGAAAAUUGUUAUGGUGUGGUCCUCUAAAAAAACAAUCACCAAGAACGAAUCGUGAAGUUGCUCAACGUUAUAUUAUCUUAUUUUCUGAUUGUAUGCUUGUUUGCAACGAAAUAUCACAAAAAAAACUAGAAAUAAAAAAAGAAUUAUCAAUAAAAAAUAUGACGAUAGAUGAGAAUCAUUCAACAAAUAACAAUAAUAAUAAUAAUAAUAAUAUGCCAUUAACCAUGGUAAAUACAACAUCAUCCUUAUUAACAGAUUUGCCACAACAACAACAUCAACAAUGUCGAUUUCGUGUUAAUGCCAUUGAAAAAUCAUAUGAAUUUAUAGCUGAUGAUGAAAAAGAUAAACAAAUAUGGAUAAAAAAAAUUGAACAAGCUAUCGAUGAGUAUAGUAAACGAAUCACACAUAUUGUUCCAAGAGAAUCUCGUUCAUCUAUAACAGCGUCCAGUAAUUCCAAUUUGCUUGGUUUUCGGGCACCGACAUGGGUAAAUGAUGUGGAUGUUUCUAGGUGUCAACUAUGCAACACAAAAUUCCCAUCAUUUAAUAUCGUUCGAAUUAAUGUGUCAAAUAAACACCAUUGUCGAGCAUGCGGAAAAGCUGUUUGCAAUUCAUGUUCAUCUAAAAAACUAACACUCGAAUAUAAUAAAACAUUGGGUGAAAGUCGUGUGUGUGAUGUAUGUUAUACUGAACUAGCAACACCAACAAAACACGCAUCAUUCACAGCAUCGUCAGCACGAACUCAAUCUCAAGGAGUUACACGUGAUCCAGAUCGAACAAUAUUAUUUUCUGAUUUUCGUUAUGAAUCCAAAUCUAUAUGGAUGGCAUUGCAAGAAGAUUUUAUAUUGCAUAUUUAUGGUGCUCGAUUAGAUAAAGCUGAAGAUUUUGCAAUUAAAUUAGAUACAAUUUGUGAUUGUUUAUGCGAUCGCGAAACUUACACAAUCACAAUACGUGAAACAAUAACAAGUAAACCACAUGUGUUUGUAUUAGAUACGACACAUCAAAUGACAUAUUUUGAUGCAUGGUGUGAAGCGAUUGAGGCCGCACGAGCAUCUACAUGUCCAUCAUGGUAUACAAAAAAACGUGAUAGUUCGGAUUCGGGUGUUAGUACAAGAUCAUGA